GGGGGAGGAGAAAGAAGCGGAGCAGGCGGCUCCCGCGCUCGCUGGGCCGAGCCACCUGCCCGCUCUCUCGCCGCCGUCGCGCUCAUCACCGCCAACAUGCUGCCGAGAAUGGGCGGCCCUGCGCUGCCGCUGCUCCUGUCGCCGCUGCUGCUGCUGCUGCUGGGUGCGGGCAGCAGCCGCCGCGAGGUGGGCGCCGAGGUGCUGUUCCGCUGCCCACCCUGCACGCCCGAGCGCCUGGCCGCCUGCGGGCCCCCGCCGCCCGCUGCGGGGUCCGGGGAGGCCGGUGGCGCCCGCGCGCCCUGCGCGGAGCUGGUUCGGGAGCCGGGCUGCGGCUGCUGCUCCGUGUGCGCCCGGCUGGAGGGCGAGGCGUGCGGCGUCUACACCCCGCGCUGCGCCCAGGGGCUGCGCUGCUAUCCCCACCCGGACUCUGAGCUGCCCCUGCAGGCGCUGGUCCAGGGCGAGGGCACUUGCGAAAAGCGCCGGGACACCGAGUACGGAGCCAGCCCGGAGCAGGUUACAGACGAGGGUGGCCUGGCUGAGAACCACGUGGAUGGGACCGUGAACAUGCUGAAUGGUGGAGGUCCUCCUGGCCGCAAGACCCUUACGUCGGGCAUGAAGGAGCUGGCCGUGCUCCGGGAGAAGGUCACUGAGCAGCACCGGCAGAUGGGCAAGGGGGGCAAGCAGCACCUCAGCCUGGAGGACCCCAAGAAGCUGCGGCCGCCACUUACCAGGACCCCCUGCCAGCAAGAGUUGGACCAGGUCCUGGAACGGAUCUCCACCAUGCGCCUUCCAGACGAGCGGGGCCCGCUGGAGCACCUCUACUCCUUGCACAUCCCCAACUGCGACAAGCAUGGCCUGUACAACCUCAAACAGUGCAAGAUGUCUCUGAACGGGCAACGUGGGGAGUGCUGGUGCGUGAACCCCAACACUGGGAAGCUGAUCCAGGGAGCCCCCACCAUCCGUGGGGACCCCGAGUGUCACCUCUUCUACAACGAGCAGCAGGAGGCCCGCGGGCGCACCCAGUAGAUAGAGUAAACCAGAGCCAGCCGUGCCUGGUGUCCCCCCUCCCCCUCCCCCCUCUCCAAACACCGGCAGAGAAGGGGGAGCACCUGGAUGGGAGGUGGUGGAGGAUUUUCCAGGAGUUUUGACAUGUGUAUUUAUAUUUGAAAGAGACCAGCCCCGAGCUUGGGCACACCCCCUGCCAUCCCCCUUCUGCCUCCCCAGCAGGAGAUGCCUACAGCCUCCCCUUCUCACUUCCCCACUGGGAAGACAGAGGGCUGGUUACAGUGGGGAGCUGGGGUAAAUGUUUGGGAGGUGGGAAAAAGACAUUUUUAUUUUUGAACCUCUGUGUCUCUUUCACUUACAAUUAAAGGAAGGAAAAAUAAA